AUGGAGGCCAGGAGUGUUUGGACACUGUAUUGGAAAGGUAUAGUGGCAAAGUUGAGUUUGGACUCGAGGGUGGCCUUACAACUUUCACCCGGGCCAUGCCGUUAUUUUGACGAGCCUGUUGACGUGAAGGUCACGGGACUUCCCCCUGAACAAUAUGUUGAGGUGCGAUCCAAACUUAUAGACAGUAGAAACGUUUCCUUCAAGGCCUUGGCCACUUUUUGUUCUGACAAAAAUGGACACAUUGACUUGGCGAGAUGUCCUUCGUUGGGUGGCAGCUACAGUGGAAUUGAGGCGAUGGGACUGUUUACUUCGAUGAGACCAUUGGUUCCACACAGUAGGCUAACCAAGAGGGAUGUGUCAACGCCGCUGUCAGUUGACAUAGAGGUGACGUGCAAUGGACUGGUCGUUGCCAAAGACACCGUCCAGAGGCGAUUUCUGGGAGAUGGUGUGCAGAAAGUUCCAUUGGAAGGUGGCAGUAUAAGGGGUUCACUGUUUCUGCCACCUGGACCUGGUCCCUUCCCUGCCAUUCUGGACAUGCCUCACUUAGGUGGUGCUUUGACAGAACUACGAGCAAGCUUGCUAGCCAAUAAAGGUUAUGUUGUCAUGGCUUUGGCAUAUCAUGGUUAUCAGGAUUUGCCCAAAGUCUUGGAUAAACUUGACCUGGAGUACUUUGAGGAAGCCGUGACAUUCCUGCGGGCUCACCCCAAGGUUAAAGGCAAUGUUAUAGGGAUCCUCUCCAUCUCCAAAAGUGGGGAUCUAGCGUUUGCAAUAUCAGCAUUCCUUCCUGGAGUCGCAGCAAUUGUCUCCAUCAAUGGCUGCAAUGCCAACACCCAGUUUUCUCUCCAUUACAAAGAUAUGGUCAUCCCUCCCACCAAAAUGGACCUUAAGAAUGUUACUGUCACAGCUGAUGGACUUCUGGAUGUAAGGGACGUAGUUCUAGAUCCUAUGAUGGAAGAGAACCAGGCCUCUGUGAUUCCCAUUGAGCGUGCAAACUGCCACUUCAUGUUUGUGGCGUCUGAAGACGACAGGAACUGGAACAGUGUUUUAUUCAGCGAACAGGCUGCUCAACGGCUUCGAGAUUAUGGGAAAGAGAACUUUGAGGUGGUGAGAUACCCGAAGGCAGGUCACUUCCUGGAUGUUCCCUACAUGCCCCACUGCCCCAGCAGUUUCCACCCAGCUGUGGGCAGAGUGGUGGUGAUGGGAGGGGAGCCUAAAGCUCACGCUGAGGCCCAGGUUGAUCUGUGGAAGAGGGUCCAGGAGUUUUUCAGGAAGCAUUUAAACAGUGAUCAUUCCAGUUUUAAAGCCAUGCUGUAGUGUGUUUUAGAAUGUGUACAAGUUAGUCUGUCCAUUUUC